UCGAACAUAACCCCACUGUAGCCCAAACCCCAUUAUUAAAAAUGUUCUUAUGAUAAAUCUUACAAAUUUAAUGCAAUUACCGAAACAUAUCUGCUUUAUUUCCUGUUAAAUAAUGAAAGUUUGUUAAAAACAACGUGCCUUUAAUGAAUGUGUCUAGACGGGUCUUAAAAAAUCAGGAAAAAAAUCAUUUAUUAUGGAUAGGAAAAUGAUAUAUGCCUUCAGAGGCUGGAUAGCCUUUGUUGCAUUUAUGGAUCUCGGUACAGCUGUGCGAAGUUACAUCGAAAAACGAUCUUUCCUAAGUAAAACCUUCUCAGAGACAGAUUUUGUUGAUGAGGAAUACACUACCUCGAGGAUUUUGGGUGUUUAUUCAAUUUUAAAAGCUUUAGCUUUAAUUCACUGUACACUCUACAUACAUUACAAACCGGUUGUCAGUAUGGGGAUAUUCUCGCUCCUCGUGACAAUUGUAAUGUAUCUCACAGAAACGCUGUAUUUUCGUGCAGCGACUCUGAAUUUUUAUGUUGUUUUUCCUUGUGUUUUAAAUUGUGUCACACUAGGGGGACUAAUCUAUUUGCCAAAAAAAUUGAGAAUAUGGGAUCCGUCUCUUGAUUGUGAUGAUGAAAAUGUCCAGUUGCUUAAACAAGCAGGAGCCAUGAAAAGGCGGCGCCACGUUAGAAAAAACAACUAAAGGAUCUUUUUUCUCAAAUAUAAUGCCAAAGAUCAGCUAGUCAUUUUGUACAUUUUUUUAUUUAUUUUUUGUAGAUAGUGUUAAGUGUAGGGGUAAUUUUUUAACUUAUUGACGCUUUUGCUAAACAUUUCACAUUAUUAUAGGGACUGUUCAUAGAUGACGUCACUAAAUUCAAGUUGAAUAAAGCAAUUUUAAAGUAAA